AUGGCCAAACGCACAUUUUCCACAUUUGAGACGUUCCUGAUUUUCCUCCUUGUGAUGAUGACUGGGGUCACUGUGGCCCUUCUCAGCCUCUUGUUUAUCACCAGCGGGACAAUUGAAAAUAACAAAGAUUCAGGUUUUCUGACCACUCAGAGCCCUCCAGCCACCCAGGGUUCUUCAGCCCCUCAAGGCUCAACGCUUACCCAGGGUACCGCAGACACCCAGGGCCCUACAGCCACCCAGGCAUCUUCAACGCCUAGCACCCCGGAGCCUACUCUAUUUCAGAACUUCAGUGGCUACCAUAUUGGCGUUGGGCGAGCUGACUGCACAGGACAAGUAGCAGACAUCAAUUUGAUGGGCUACGGCAAAACUGGCCAGAAUGCACAGGGCAUCCUCACAAGGUUGUACAGCCGUGCGUUCAUCAUGGCAGAACCAGAUGGGUCCAACCGAGUAGUGUUUGUCAGCAUUGAGAUAGGCAUGGUAUCACAACGACUCAGGUUGGAGGUCCUGAACAGACUGCAGAGUAAAUAUGGCUCCCUGUACAGAAGAGACAACGUUAUCCUGAGCGGCACUCACACACAUUCGGGUCCAGCAGGAUAUUUUCAAUACACUACAUUUGUACUUGCCAGUGAAGGAUUUAGCAAUCGUACUUUUGAGUACAUGGUCAAUGGCAUCAUGAAGAGCAUUGAGAUAGCACACACAAAUAUGAAACCAGGCAAAAUCUUUAUCAACAAAGGCGAUGUGGAUGGUGCACAGAUCAACCGAAGUCCCACUUCUUACCUUCGGAAUCCACUGUCCGAGAGAGCAAGGUAUUCUUCAAACACAGACAAGGAAAUGUUACUCUUGAAAAUGGUAGAUUUGAAUGGAGACGACCUGGGUCUUAUCAGCUGGUUUGCUAUCCACCCAGUCAGCAUGAACAACAGCAAUCAUCUUGUAAAUAGCGACAAUAUGGGCUAUGCAUCUUACCUUUUUGAGCAAGAGAAGAACAAAGGAUAUCUACCUGGACAGGGACCAUAUGUAGCAGCUUUUGCUUCAUCAAACCUGGGAGAUGUAUCCCCCAAUACUCUUGGCCCAAGUUGCAUCAACACGGGAGAGUCUUGUGAUAAUGCCGAUAGCACAUGUCCCAUUGGCGGGCCUAGCAUGUGCAUUGCUAUGGGACCUGGACAGGAUAUGUUUAACAGCACUCAGAUCAUAGGACGAAUAAUAUAUGAGAAAGCAAAGGAACUGUAUGCCUCUGCCUCCCAGGAGGUAACUGGGCCAUUGGCUUCUGCUCAUCAGUGGGUGAAUAUGACGGACGUCACUGUCUGGCUCAAUUCCACACAUACAGUAAAAACGUGUAAACCAGCCUUGGGCUACAGUUUUGCAGCUGGCACAAUAGACGGAUUUGGAAGCCUCAAUUUUACACAGGGGACAACAGUAGGGGAUCCAUUUUGGGACAGUCUUCGGGAUCAGAUCCUGGGCAAGCCAUCUGAAGAAAUCAAAGAAUGCCAAAAACCAAAGCCAAUCCUUCUUCACACUGGAGAGCUGUCAAAACCUAAUCCCUGGCACCCAGAUAUUGUUGAUGUUCAGAUUAUAACUCUGGGGUUCUUGGCCAUCGCUGCUGUCCCUGGGGAGUUUACGACCAUGUCUGGACGGAGAUUUCGGGAGGCAAUUCAAGAAGAAUUUGCAACUUACGGGAUGCCAAAUAUGACCGUUGUUGUUUCGGGUCUAUGCAAUGUAUAUACACACUACAUUACCACCUACGAAGAAUAUCAGGCUCAGCGGUAUGAGGCAGCUUCCACAAUUUAUGGACCACAUACUUUGUCUGCUUACAUCCAGCUUUUCAAAGUUCUUGCGAAGGCCAUUGCCACGGGCACUGUAGCCAACCUGAGCACAGGUCCAGAGCCUCCAUUUUUCAAACAACUGAUCAACACAUUAAUUCCUAAUAUUGUGGAUAGAGCACCUACAGGCAAACAUUUUGGGGAUGUCCUGCAGCCAGCGAACCCUACAUACAGAAUGGGAGAAGUUGUUGAAGUUGUAUUUGUAGGUGCUAACCCGAAGAAUUCAGCAGAAAUCCUGACCCACCAGACCUUCCUCACUGUGGAGAAAUAUGAGGCCACUUCAGCAACAUGGCAGAUGGUGCACAAUGAUGCCUCCUGGGAGACUCGUUUCUAUUGGCACAAGGGAUUGCUGGGCUAUAGCAAUACAACGAUACAAUGGCACAUUCCAGAUAGUGCCCAGCCUGGAAUCUACAGAAUAAGAUACUUUGGACACAGCCGGAAGCAGGACUUACUCAAGGCCGCUGUCAUAGUUUCAUUUGAAAGCACCUCCUCCACUUUUGAAGUUGUAACUGCUUUGUGAAAAGUUGGCCAAUCAUUUAAUGAGCAGCUGUACUCUGUAUGAUUUAUAUGACUGAUUUCAUGCGAAGGUAACCUAUUAUGAUAACUUCAAUAAUUGUCCUUGUUUGGGGACAGAUCCUUUACUGCUAAUGGGACAGGUAGGUGUGUGUGUGAGAGAGAGAAAGAGAGAGAGAGUGCA